UUCAGGGUACAAAAACAAGUACAAAACCAUUUCCUUUCUUCUUCUUUGCUUCUAUCCUCAAAACACUCGGAAGCCAAAAGAAGUCCAAAAUGGCUCCAACAUUGUCAGUCACCGGAAUUAACGUCGACAACGUCGAAUUUCCGCCGUCUGCAAAGCCUCCUGGCUCAAAGAACACUCUGUUCCUUGGCGGUGCAGGGGUGAGGGGGCUGAACACUGAAGGGAAGUUCGUGAAGUUCACGGCAAUCGGAGUUUACCUAGAGGAUAACGCCAUUCCGUGGCUCACCGCUAAGUGGAAAGGAAAGAAUUCGGAGGAGUUGACGGAAUCCGACCACUUCUUCAGGGACAUCGUUACCGGACCCUUUGAGAAAUUGACACGUGUGGCAUUCAUAUCGACCUUAACCGGCCAACAGUACUCGGAAAAGGUGGUAGAGAAUUCCACUGCCAUUUUGAAGUCCUGGGGAGUUUAUAACGAUUCAGAAGCCAAAGCCAUUCAAAAGUUUCUUGACAUUUUCGAACCUCAAACUUUCAACCCUGGAUCUUCUAUUUUCUUCUCUCACUCACCCCAAGGAUCAUUUAAGAUAAGCUUCUCCAAAGAUGACUCGAUUCCAGAAGUUUGGGAUGCUGCGAUAGAAAGUAGACUACUUUUUGAGGCAGUACUUGAAUCCAUCAUAGGUAAAAGUGGUGUUUCUCCUGCAACAAGGAAGAGUUUGGCUGCAAGAUUGCCAUUGUUGUUGAAAGAGAUCAGUGAUGAUGAUCGUGAUCUAGAUCGUAACGUUAUAAAUGGGAAAGUGGAUCUUAAUCAGAAAGUUUCCGGACAUGGUCAUGAGAAAGUGCCAGAAAGAAAAGGUCAACAAGAAACUGCGAAAAAGAUAUGAGAAAUUAAUGGAAAUUAUUUCCUGAGGGACGCAUUUUCUGUUUGUAAUAAUUGUCCGGACUAUUAUAGAUCAAGGUUUAUAAGCCAUGUAGCCAAAUAAGUAUAUGUCCGGAAGUUCCUUAGGAAGUAAUCCAACAGUAGCUCAAAAUAAAAUAAAAACUAUGUAUGAAACGCCACGUAGGCGCCUGGAUUUGUAAUAUUUUACCCCAAAAAAAAAAAAAAAAUUGGGUUUUGUAAUAAUAUGAGAUGAAUAAUCUCAUAACUGUAGCUGGGUUUGAUUUAAAGUUUACUUCAACUUUUUAUUGA